UAUGUCGCGUUCGAUUGUAAACAGUGAAAUAAAUUACGUUGUUGACAUCAUCAUUAUCCAAAAAGAUUUUUUAAUUUUUUUUCGGUCUGAAAUGUUUUUUCUGAAAAAAAACCGUAAUUAAAAAAUGUCUUGGUUAACCGAAAUUGCCGGUAAAGCGGAAAAUUUUCUUAAUGCUGUCGAUAAAGGAACAGCAACAGCAUUAACAAAUGUAAAUUCCAUAAAAAAUGUUCGAAAACAUUCAACAACAUCGACAACGACCAUUCCAAAUGAUAAUCAAAGUUUACUCGAUACAGAAUAUAUUGACACACCUGAUAUAAUGAGUUUACGAACAAGUACGAGUACAAAUUCAUUGGUUUCCGAUAAUGGUGGUAAUAAUCAUCAUAAUCAACAUCAUCAUUAUCAUCGAAAAAAUGAUGGAAAUGGCCACACUCGUCAAUCUAGUUAUGAUUCAAAUGGUUCAAAAUCACAUGAUAAUGAUAUUAAUAAUGGCUGUAGUGAUAAUAGACUAAUGGAAUAUUUAAAUAAUAAAGAUAUUAAUAAUAUACCUGAAGAAGAAUGGCAAUCAUUUACCAAUAAUGAUCAGGAUAAUAUGAAAACAACAACACGUGAAAUUAAAGAGCUUGAUUUAUUGAAUCGAAAAAUUCUUGAAUUAAAUACUGAAUAUAAAAAACAAAAACUGAAAGCACAAAAUUAUUAUAAUCAAAUGAUUUCGAAUGAAAAAUUGAUAAAAGAUUUAAAUUCAAAAGAACAAGAUUUACAAGAAUCGAUUAAUGUAAAAGAUUCACAAAUUGCAGCACUAAAAGUACAAAUGGAACAAUUAUUACUGGAAUUACAGGAAAAAGAUGAAAAAUAUAAAGAAUUACAAUUAUUAAAUGAAAAAAUUAAUAAUGAACUUCAUGAACGUUUAGAUAAUAAUGAAAUGAUUAAUAAUCUUCAUAAUGAAAUUGAUCAAUUAAAACAAUCAUUAGAAUUUGAAAAAAUUGAAUCCAAACGUAUACAAGAUUCAUGUAAUCAACAAAUCAUACGUUUAGAAAAUAAUCAACGUUCAUUGAUUGAUGAAUUAGAUUCAUAUCGUCGACAAUUGAAUGAACAAAAAUCAAAUCGUCUGGAAUUAGAAAUAUUGAAUAAUAAUUUACGAAAAAAAUAUGAAAAAAUUGAACAAGAAUUUGAACAAUUUAAAAUUUUGAAACAAAAUAACGAUUUGGAUAAUCGAACGGAAACAUCGACAACUACUAUCGAUACUGGUGAUGAUAAUAGUGAUGAACGAAUGAAAAUUCUACAAGAACAAUGUACAACAUUAAUGAAUGAAUUGAUUGAAAUGCGUAAUCGUUAUGAUUCGAUUCGAACCAUAUUGAAUGAUUAUGAAAAUGAAACAAUCCCAAGACAACUUUCGGAAAUUCAAACAUUAAAUAAUCGAUUGAAUGAAGAAAUUAAAUUAAAAUCAAAAUUACAAAAUGAAAUUGAUCAAUUAUCCAGUGAUUGUAAAUCAUAUCAAGAUGAUUUAAAUCAAAUAAAAUCAACAUUAUCAGCACGUAUUAAUGAACGUGAUGAAGAAAUUGAUAAAUUACGUCGACAAUUAAUAUUAAAACAACAACAUCGUCUUAUACAAAUGGAUAAUAAUGUUGAUAAUGUUGAUGGUAAUAGUGAAUCAUCGAUAAUCAAUAAUGAAUGGGAACAACGAUUAAAAUCAUUAACUGAAAAUUUAAUUUCAAAACAAUCAUUAAUUGAACAAUUAUCAUCAGCAAAUCAUUCAUUAAAAUUACAAUUAGAAAGAAGUGAACAAAAAUUUAAAGAAUUUAUGAUUGGAAAUAGCAAUAACAGCAAUAAUCAACAGAAUAAUAAUGAUGUUGCAAUUGGAAUAUAUCAUUCACCAGCAUUCACAAACAUGAUCAAACAUCGUAUGACCAGUUCGAAUAUUAAUAAUAUGGAUGAUAUUCAAUCAUUAAUACAUGAUAAUCCAAAUGAUGGUCAAGUUACACGUAAAGUUAAACGUGCAUAUACAGCAAUCGAUAAAUUUAGUAUACGUUUAGGAAAUUUUCUUCGCCAAUAUCCAUCGGCACGUGCAGCUUUUCUUUGCUACAUAAUCCUAUUACAUAUUUGGGUUGCAUUCGUUUUAAUGUAUUAUGAACCAGAAAUUCAUAGUGGUGGAUCAGAUUUUAAUUCCAAAAUGAAAUGAAUGAAUGAAUUUUAUCUAAAAUAUAAAAUAAAUAAAAGAGAUUAUUUAUUUUUCUAAAAA